AUGAUCCACAUGGCACUGCCUGCGGUGGUAUCGAUGAAGUGCUCUCGUCCUUGGGCACUGCUCGGGCUGCUGGUGCUCAAUGUUCUGCACAUCGAGGUCCAGGCAUGUGAUCUUAGUGAGACCUGCACGCAGGGUGUGGCCGCCGCGAUCAUCUCCUCCUCGGACGUGGACAUGUCGUGCGAAGAACGCUGGUCCCGCGGGGUGGCGAGGACGCUGGGCUCGGGAUCCUUUCAGAUCUGCCCGGCCACUGCAGGCACCGGCAAGGACGUGUGGAUCAGCCCCAUCUACAAGCGAUGUUGGCCCAAGAUCGCGGCGGCAGCCCGCGACCUGGGGACCUCACUGUGUGAUCCCAUGCGGGAGUUGAUGGCACCAACGACGACCACGACCACGACCGCGACCACGACCACGACGACCACAACAACGACCACAACCACGACGACAACGACCACAACGACGACGACCACUCCACAGGGGACACCUGUGUGCGGCAAGCUGCCGGUGGUGCCAGUCUGGGGCACUGUGGUGGAAACGAAAGGAAAGAUCUGGGACGGCACGAAAAAGGUGGAUGCCUGGGAUUUUCAGCUACACAACACCCCGUGCCGCAUGGGUGUGCGGGAGAAGUGGCACAUCGAAGAAUGCCUCAAAGGUUCGUGGCUGGUGCUGCUGGGUGCCUCGCAGAGCUCCGUGUGGCUGCAGCAGCUGGCGAACACCUUGGUCCCCGGGGCCUUCGAUGCGAAGCGCGAUCACUUCGUCACCGACGGAGUCUACUUGCAGCUCAUGGAUUUGAUCCUCGAGGAUGGGAAAAUUGUGCACAAGAGCAUCGUCUACACCGGCGACCCCAAGCACUUGAACCACCGUUCAGGUGCCCACUCGCAGGAGCGUGACAGUGUGGAGCUGCCCUUCGUCUUCGCAAAGCUGGCUCUGGCACCGGAGUACAACGGCCGCCAGAUUCGCAUCACCAACAUGUUGGCGGAGUACUGGGACGAAGCCAACAUGGGGCUCUUGGCCUUGGAAGGCCUCAAGCAUGGUGGCUGGGACAAAAGCCAUGUCUUCCCGGUGGUGGCUGUCGGACUUUGGUAUGCCUACAACAUGGGGUGUCAGUACCCCUGGUGUUCUACCAGGCCAUCGAUUGCCGGACUGCACACGGAAGCCAUCGUCGAUCUCUUCCUGUCAGGGAUGCGCAGGACGGCCGGCACGCUGGAGAGGUUCUGUGGCCCCAAGGGACGUGCUUCUAAGCACGGCUGCACGGUGAUGUCCGUAGAGUAUUGCAGCGAGUACUACAAGAAUCCCAUCUACAACCACAUCCACGAAGCAAUGAGAGGCCACUUCCAAGAGUUCACGAGCACGUCGGUGCGGUACUUCGAUGUGUGGGCCUUCACGGAACAGGUGCCAGAAGAUUGCAUCUAUGGACACAUGACGCCAGCGAGUGCCGCCUUCAUGAUCCAAUUCCUUCUCAGCAGUGUUUGUCCGGUGACGGAUGUGGCCGCGGGCAAGUUGAUCGCAUUCGUGGGCGAGGCCUGUCGCUCAGGGCAAAUCUCGCCGACAUGUGCCAAGUUGGAGUGCAAAGGCUUUGCGUACACCUGGGACUAUGCCUUGUCCAAGAACUGCCAGCUCUUCGCUGCCGUGGGCGACUCCGAACCCAGCGACAGCGCCAAAGGCGCGAAGGGUGUAAAGCCGGAGCGGUCGGUGAAGUCGGUGCGACACCGGUAG